AUGCCCUCCUUCCCCAUAUUGUUCUUCAUGGUCAUCUUUUCCCUGGUGUCGUUGGCUGCUGUGUUGCAGAAUGGUUUCAUGGUGACCUUUUUGGGCAGGGAGUGGUUACGGUGUGGAACCUUGCCUGCAGGCGACAUGAUGGUGGCUUGUCUUGUUACUUCCCGGCUCUGCCUGCAUGGCAUAAGCAUCCUGAACAACUUGGUAAACUUCUUUGGUUUUUGCUACAGAACUAGGUAUCUUGACAUCUUCUGGGACUUCGUCAACACUCUUACUUUCUGGCUUACUGCCUGGCUCUCUGUUUUCUACUGUCUGAAGAUCUCCACCUUUGCCCAUCCUGUCUUUUUCUGGCUGAAGUGGAGGAUUUCUCGGUCAGUGCCCAGACUGCUGCUGAGCGCUCUGUUCUUCGGUGUCCUGUCAGCUACCUCGACAGCUGUGGGGAAUGCAGUAACCAUUCAGACCAUCACCUCUGAAAGUGUCCAUGGAAACUGCACCCUGUCUCAUAGCAUUAUAACUUUUCAUCGGUGGUACUUUUUCUGGCAUUCACUGAUGAUGUGGCUCACUCCGCUUCUCUUGUUUCUGGGAUCCAUCAUCUUGCUUAUGUUCUCCCUGUACCGGCACAUGGAGCAGAUGAGGGGGUGCAUGCUUGGGCCUUGUGAUAGCAGCACCCAGGCACACACUGUGGCUCUGAGGUCACUCUCCUUCUUCUUCAUCUUUUAUGUACUGCAUGUCCUGACUCAGUUCAUUUCUCGAGUGCAACUCAUAACUAUCUGGAAUCCCUGGUACUGGGUCAAGGAAACAGUACUUUAUGCAGGCAUCUUCCUGCACUCCAUGGUCCUGUUGCUAAGCAGCCCCAAGCUGAGAAAGGUCCUGAAAACCUGGUUUUCGGACCUGUGCUGCCUUUAA